UCGGUUACUUGCACAUCGCUCAUGCUUGCGAAAAUGUAAUUAUGGUGCCUCCAUAUAAAUGCUGCUAAAUAGUAAAGAGGCGUGCUCUUCAUCUUUAAUCGAGUGACAUACAGCCGCAGAAAGUGCACAGAUUUUCAACGCUGUCAGCAACAAUUUCUCCACCAUUUCUGAAGACAACGCAGACCAGGGCAGUUUCCCUGCUUGCCCUGGCAGCAUGAGGCAACGAUUAUUGUCAACAGCGGCAGAUGCAUCGAAUCGACCAACAGACGCGGAUUCGAAUGUCAGUCAGAGAAUGGAAUUGGAAGCAGAGGACAAACAUCACAUUGCUCCUUCGGCCAUUGAAAAGCUAAGACGAUUCUGCUACCUAGGAAGGAUUGAGGCACCCGUUUAUGCACCCACAACGUUUGACCUGACUGUGGAGUGCCACUUUGGAGCAUUGCGCGAACUAUGUGGUCUGGUCGGCGGGACGGAGCUGGUGGAGUGCUUAAGGAAUGUACUAGAUGCCUGCAACGAGCCCUAUUUGCCGCGCCGCGAUGAAGCACUACUUGUGCUGGCCAUUUACCUGUCGACGCGCACUGACGAAAAUCAGCGCACGGUGGUGCGCGGCCACUUUGGCGAGCUGGUGCGCACGGAUAAGGACUUGUUGUUAGUGAUCAAAUUUGUAAAGCAUGUUCAAAAGCUGAUGGAACGCAAAACCCCAAUCAGUCGCACCAUUCGCAAGGCUGUCUUGGAUUGGUACCAGCAUCAGCCGCUCGAUAAGCUGCUGCACAUGUGGUCACUGAACGAUUGUGACCGGGCCCAGCACCGGGAACUGCUGCAUCGCUGCCACUACAGCAACGUUGAGUUCGAUGCAGCGACUAUGGCCGCAUUGCGUGUGCUGUCAAUGCCCGCUAAGGAGCUGGCCAAGUGGCCAAAUUCUCUAGAGCCCCUUGUCAAACACAAGGAAAAAAUUGUGGGCAUUGCCAAUCUUCGUCUGUCCAAAAAUCCUCACUUGGCCCUACCUAUUAUAAACCAACUGUCACUUUGCUAUGAGCAUAUGCCUCGUCAUGUCAUGACCGACACAAAAGUUGUAAACAUGCUGUUGCCCAAAAUGAGCUACGAACAGCUGUUGCAAAGCUGGCCAACAUUCAUGAAGCUCUACAAGUCGAAUCGCAGUGCUCAACAUAGUUAUAUUCAGCGUUUCUUCGAUCCCUCAGGAUUGCGUGCAGCCAAUAUGGAGCCCAUACGGUUGCUCCUGCAGGAAAAACGCGGAGUCAAGCGAAAAAAAAACAUUUCGAAAGGCGUUGUACCCGUAAAACCGGUCAGUUUUAUUCAGAAGUUGUACAGACAGUCUUUCGGCUGCAACAAGGCACUUGGCUUGCGCCUGCAUAUAACAAUUAAUCUGGAGAUGUGCUACAUCGGAAAAUCUCUUACUGGACGUUGGCGCUCGAUCAAAUAUCUCGAUGCAGUUGUUGCUUUAGCCUUUGGCUACUUUAAGUGCGAUCCUAAAGUGAAAGUGCGUAUUUGGCAUGAUAAGAGCGGCCAACUAAAGAGUUUACCGUGGAUGCCUGAGAUGUCAGUGGAUGAUGCACAUGCCUGCUGUGAAAACCAAAAAGUCGCCAAAAUCAAACAAACCCUAACAGACGUGCUCGACAAUGCACUUCAGGAUGCGGAGCAGGCGUAUGAUGUAUUUUUGGUGUUGGUUCCACGCGCUACGCGUGGCAAUUCCAAGAACAAGUCCGAUCAACUUUGCCAACGGCUCGAUGAGUAUCGCCAAAAACGAAAUAUAAAUGCCAAAUUUAUCAUAAUCAGCUUGCGCCAGAAUCAUGCCUCCAUGAGCUAUUCGAAGCUACGCAACGAGCACAUAUUGGAGCUAUGCAGUAUUACUGAGCAGACUCCACGUUUGAUAAAUGCCUUCGCUCACGGCAAGUUCUUUUAGGCCAUCAGGCACUGUACCUUUAGCUACACAACUAAAUAGAUAACAUCUCCGGUAACCAAAGAAAUCAUUAGCUGCUGCUCAUCUAGGGCGCUGUGGUGGCAAUCAAACAGGCUGGAUCUGUUGAUGCCUGUCACUGGGAAUACACCGUGCAUCUACUCGCAUGCCACAGCAAACUUUCUUGCGCUCUCUAUCUCUUUCAAACUAACAUAAAACUACCUACACACACACAACACACGCACACGCUUGCAUUCUAUGGUGCAUGUGUGCUCUAUUUCGCACACACUCACAGCACCCUUGAUGUUUACUAAUUAUAUAAGUAUUUACAUGCAUACCUAAAUAGCUGUUAAGCUACAUUCGUAAACAAGCACGUACAUUCACACUCAAAUCACACACACACACACCCACACAUCCACAAACACAUACCACUUACAUUAGUACAUACAGGUAAUUUUUUCAAUCUAUACAACGCUGAUAUUGUAACGAUCUGUACUAUUGUUGUACGCAUUUGACUUGAAUUGGUAAUUAGGCGUAGUUAAAGAAUUUAAUUGCUAUUUUAAUUUCGAAAACGAUGGAACUGAAUCUAAAUUUAAUUUGGAUUAAAAAUACAAUACAAGUGAAUCUGAGCAAAGCGAAAAAGAUAAACAAAUUGCCUUACCAACAAAAUGUUAGUCAAUCUUUAAUUUUAACUAAACAUACAUAUUAAAUACAAGGAAUUUCUUCGUAAAAGUACUGAAACAAUACAAAAACAAAACAACGCAUUUAGAUAAAAUAUUGAAACGAAACGAAACGAAACUGAUUGAAAAUAGUCCAAACUAACAAUAAGUUAACACACGAACAACUUAAACAACAAAAUACAUCUUAAUAUUGUUAUAAUUAGGUCUUCUGUUAAACAUAUUCACGGAAACUGCCCAAAAUACUGUGACAUUUUGUGUAAUUAAAAAGAAAAAUCAAAAAUAAGCCAAGUGUAAGAAAAUUGUGUGUACUUUAAAAAAAAAAAAUGAAGGCGUUUAUACAGUUAAGAAUUCCCAAUGUGCCAUACACACACACAAACACACACACACACAUGCGCACAAGUCCUGAUACUAACCAUUCAUACAUGCAUAUAUAAAAAUUAAGAUUAUAAAGCGCCUAAACAUUACCGAACAAUAAUUACAGCGAAACACAACAAAUUCGACUACAUUAA